AGGCGUCACAAGGCUGUCAAGCGAUGGAAGGAGUAGGAGCGCUUUACCAGAGCAAACGAGUUGAUGAACACUGGGUUGGUUUUGUGCUUCUUGAUAUUUUGACGUGUGUUUUACCAGACACUGCGACUUCGUUUGUUCACAAUUAACUGAGUUAUCUGACAAUUAGUUAUAAGCAGUCUCUGGACCAUCAGACUGCGGAGUUGUUGUGAAAACCUCGUAUGUUUCCCGCCGUAUCGCCGUGUGUACAGCCAAGUUACAGUAUCCACACAAGCUGGGCGAGGUCACGGUUCUGUUGGAUAUUAUUAUUUUGCAGGUUUCACCGGUAUUUCAAACAUCUUUGUGUAACAAGUGGUGAUUGACAGUGUCGGCUUAUUCCUGCCAUCUCAUACUCAUAUCCCUUCCAUUUCUGGAUGGUAAACACGGAUAAUUGCAAGACUCCCCGAGCAAAACCAACAACAGCCUUCUUGGCUGGAAUGGGGGAUCAAAUCCAGAUCUAAUGCCAAUACUAGGGACCCAAGUUUAAUGUUAGUCCUUGUGGCAGACUUUAUGACUACUACGGGUUGGUAAACAAACAAAAAAAGUGACAUCUUUAUAAGCCCUUAAACGAUUGGACACUAUGACGUCGACGCAGCCAUCCUCGACCAACGAAUCCUUCCUUUUUGUUGAACGCCAAGUGGAGUCCAGUCACGAAGAGCGCACCCAUUCCAAGACGGAAACCUUUACACGGCGAGUAUACUAUCCUGCCGACGGUAACCAAGGAAACGCCAACGUCAUGCCUCAGUACACAUUGGGAACCGAUCCUACGGGGACGUACGGACAUACGACGUACGCCAGCAGCAAUGGCGGACUGGCCGGUGGCGGUCACGUGGAUGCGCCAACAUCGUCUCCGGGAAUUCCGGCCAACGCCACCUUAGUUUCGCGUACCAAACAGCAGCUCACCACACAGCAAGUGACGACGGUGACGCAGUUAGUCCGCGAGGUGCAGCAUAUUGGGCCAGACGGCCAACCAAUUCUGGUCGAUCCCUACAAUCCUUACGGCGAAUAUACGGGCCAGCCACAUUCGACGGGCACUUACGGACGUAACGGGUCCUCCUCGAGUGGCAUUCCAGUUGUUGGGCAACCGCAGCGAUUCGCCAACUACGAACACAUCGCCGAAGGAGCCGACUACCGCACACACAGCCCGGCUGGCUACGGACGGACGGCCAACUACGCCGACUACGAGCCGUAUCCACAUUUAGCCGGGCCGCGUGGCGGACCUGGUGGCGUUGUCGUCGGCCCGCCUCCGGACUACGCCUAUCAAACGGCCCAACCACCCGGACUCUACCGCGACUAUCCCGACAUGGAUCCUAGCAAUGCGGGCACUCUGGCUGGCGGUGUACCUAUUUAUGGCGACCGGCCGCCUACUCCGCCAUCCCCCAGCGAACAAUCCGAGUCGCCACUGCCGCAUCAUUCCCGAGAUUAUUCGAGGCAAGGCCUACCUUAUCCACCGUCAGGGUAUGCCGAAAUGGACAACGCCAUUCCGCCAGAUCGUUACGCAGCUCAUUCUCCCUACGGUCGAGCCGCUUAUGCCAAUGUCAACGGUUUGGAUCCGGGCUCAACGGCCGGCCCUGGCUCCGGUUCCGGAUACCGUUCACAUCAAGACGAUCAAGAUGACCAACAGAUGCAGUAUCAACAGCAACAACAACAAGACUUUGGCAUGAAUUCGGCUGGUCACAGUCCGACGCGGAGGCUGGCUCCUCCUCCGCCAUCCCGAUCGGGUGGCGUCGAGGGCACCUAUCAACCUCGCCCACCACCACCCGUGCCGGCUGAAGCAAUGGCCAGUCUCAAUAUCGGACUCGAUAAAAGUGGUGUACGAUGGCGCGAUCCGGACUUGCACGAAGUCAUCGCCUUCCUCAACAACCCCAACGCCGUGGUGAAGGCGAACGCGGCCGCUUACCUGCAGCAUCUCUGCUACAACAGUGACCCGGUUAAGCAACAGACGAGGCUCUUGGGUGGCAUCCCACUCCUCGUCGGCCUCAUCUCGUCAGAGCAGCCCGACGUUCACCGCAACGCUUGCGGAGCGCUCAGAAAUCUUUCAUACGGACGGCAAAAUGACGAAAACAAAAGAGCGUUGCAUAAAGCUGGCGGUAUACCAGCCUUGGUCCGGCUACUCACAAGGAGGCCCGAUUCCGACGUCCAAGAGCUCGUGACGGGAGUGUUGUGGAAUCUCUCUUCUUGCGAGGAACUGAAGCGAAUCAUUCUGGACGAGGCGCUAUCUGUUCUGGUGGCUCAAGUAAUCAUUCCCCAUUCGGGAUGGGACCGCAAAAAGCCGGGUCCCACCCACUGGACGCCUCUCUUGCGGAACGGCUCCGGCAUCCUAAGGAAUGUCAGCUCUGCGGGAAUCGAAGCUCGUCAGGCACUCCGUCUAAAGGAUGGGGUAGUGGAGGCCCUAUUGUAUCUAGUACGAGGCGCCAUCGACCAGAACCACAUGGAUAACAAGAGUGUGGAGAAUGUCAUUUGUGUCCUGCGCAACCUUUCCUAUCGUUGCGAGGAGGUGGUUAAUCCCAAUUAUGACAAGCAGCCGCCCAGUUCGGGAGCGGGAGGUAGCGGAGGGCAAACCAGAGCCACGGCUCAACACUCUGGGGAGAACCAAGGCUGUUUCGGAGCCAGCCGGAAGAAGAAAGAUGGUAGCGGAGCGAGUGGGACUUUACUGCCUUCACCUUCAUCGCCGUCGACAAACAGUGGCGCCAAUGCGGCAGCUAAUAGCGGAUCGAGCGGAAAUUUACCGCAGCGAUCCGACCCACCGAAAGGCAUGGAACUUCUCUGGCAGCCGGACAUCGUGCAGCCUUACUUGGCCUUGCUGUCCAACUGUUCCAAUCCGGAGACGUUGGAGGCAGCCGCUGGUGCCAUUCAAAAUCUGGCAGCUUGUUAUUGGCAACCAUCGAUCGACAUUCGAGCCGCCGUCCGCAAAGAGAAAGGAUUGCCCGUUCUGGUGGAGCUGCUGCGGAUGGAAGUCGAUCGCGUCGUCUGCGCCGUGGCCACAGCUUUGCGCAAUUUGGCCCUAGAUCAACGCAACAAGGAGCUUAUCGGUAAAUACGCCAUGCGAGACUUAGUCCAGAAGCUGCCUUCUUCGACACCUCCACCGGCGAAUGCCAAAAACCAACAGGGAAUCCAGCAACAACACGAUCUUGGCGGCGCUUCUGAUGAAACCAUCGCCGCCGUUCUGGCCACUCUCAACGAAGUCAUCAAGAAGAAUGCCGAAUUUGCCCGCUCUCUAUUGGAUGAAGGCGGCGUCGACCGGCUGGUGUCCAUCACACGACAGAAGCAGCGCUACUCGUCGCGGGUGGUCAAGUUCGCCUCUCAGGUCUUGGCCGCGUUAUGGACGCAUCAGGAACUGCGAGACGCUUACAAGAAAUCCGGCUGGAAGGAGUCAGAUUUUGUGAGCCGGAGCAGUACAGUGUCCGGCAGUGGAAGCAGUGGUGGUGGAGCGGGAGGAGGGAUGUCGGGCGGAGGCGGCGCCUCGUCUCCUAGUCAUUCGGCCGCCAACUCGACGUUGAACAGGCCGAUGUCCAGUCAGGGAGGCACCCGCUACGAGGACAAGACUCUAUCGCUUCAACGGUCCGGCAAUGCUUCUGGUUUCGCCAAUGCGAACAAUAAUGGCCAAGCGAAUAGACAGCAGACUUACCGGGCGGACGAUGUCCCAUUGGCUGAUAUGCAGUACGCAGAAGGAUCAACACACGCCCCACCCGCCGGAGGCGUGCGAAUAUUCCCACCUGGAACCAAACCCGGCGAGCCUGUGUACGCCCAAGUGAAUCGAGACAAAAAAAGAAGUCGACAGUAUGAAGGCGGUUCCGGUCAGGAUGUGGGUUUGACCGGAACAUACGACGAGGCACCCUCUCUGUCGCGCCUCAACAUGGACCCGCAUGGGCAGGGAGCCGGAGAUUCGUGGGUCUGAGGCAUCAACCGUGUGAACAUUUUCAAAUAUAAUAAAGGAGUAGGACCUUCUCGUCUCCCAGUUUACAUACACAACCGACCCGCGUACGUUUCGAUGGCCGAAACGGUGGGAACAUUUCACGGCUCCUUCGCUCUCUCGCGACGGCAAAAUUCUUUUUUCUUCCACGGGAAAAUCAGUCGAGAGGACUCGGCCGCUAAUAAGAAUUGAUUUAAAUGAUUUUAUUAAUUUUUUUUUUUUUCUUUCUUUUGCCUCUAUCCAAUUUUCUUGUUUCUCCAUCUCAACCCUUUCAUGUUUCCGUUCGGGUCACAGGCAGAUAACACACACAUUUCUCUCCUUUUUGUAGGUACAAGUUAUCGUCCAUUCUCCCGUUUCGUUUAAGGUCAGAUAUUGUGCCUUUUUUUCAACCCCUGCUCCCGUUUCUUUUCUUUUCGAUAUGGCAAAUCUUUAUUCAGAUUUUUUUUCUCUCUUUAUUUUUCCUUUUUUUAUUAUUAUUAUUAUUAUUAUUAUUAUUAUAAAAUUAUUUUGUAUGUAAAGGUAUCUUUCAGUUCGGAUUCGUUCUUUCAGCUCCAUCACUAUUAUCUCCAUUUCCCCUUUUUAUACAUAACUAUUCCGAUUGAACGAACAAGAUAGACAAGAACAAGAAAACGAACGAGGAAAAGUAACUUUGAUUUUGGUGUAUCACCCGCUUUCACAUAGAUCAGCGAGAGAAAGAGACGCUUCGGUUUUUUUUUUUGUAUAAAAAAAGAAGAAAACAUUAACUUCCUUACUCAAAUUGAAAAAAAAAAAAAAAAAAAAAAAAAGAGAAGUGAGACGGCAAAAGAACUUGCGAUAAUUAUUUACCGUCUUCUUGAAAAAACAAAAAAAAAAACAAGUAAAUAUUAGAACUACUACUAUGUGUUACCUCGCUUCCUCUUUCCACAGCUUCUGUGCACGACAUUCCACGAAAGCACACUAAAGGACACGUUCACAAGCUCCAGCAGUCACUUAAACCUAUUUUCUCCAUUGCUAAAGAUUGGUCGUCUGCAAAAGUUGUACUCUUAUUCCCUGUCGGCAGGAUUCAAUCUCCCUCCCGCUACUCUUCGUUCAUCAGACUGUUGUGUCUUUUCCCCUUCCCCCCCCCCUUGUUUUUUUUUUUUCACUGCAUAGGAAGAUUUAAAAAAUGAAUUUUUGUCAUCGCGCUUCCUAUCUUUUCAUCAUCCUGUGUUUUCAUUUAUUAUAAUAAUAAUAAUAAUUUUUUUUUUGGUGUUGUGUUACAAAACAAAAAAAAAACAUACCAAUGUGCAGGCCAAUACAUAGUUAAUGGUG